AUGAGUUACGCCGCACAACUGACUCCUAUCAUUGCCAUUUCAACAGGCGGGAAUCCGUGGGUUAUAUCCCCCGAUGAAAGGGCGACCAUGGAGCGCACCUUUCAGAAUAUUGGUCCUUUGAAUGGCAAGCUUUCGGGACCGAUUGCGCGCACCUAUUUUAUGAAAACUGGACUGCCAAACCCCAUUCUGGGACAGAUCUGGCAGUUGUCCGAUAUGGACCACGACGGCAACCUGACACUCAAUGAGUUCUGUGUGGCGAUGCAUUUGGUGAACAACAAAUUGCAGAAGCGCAUUGAUCCUCCCUCGUCACUCCCGGAUUCUCUCCGCAACGGCGGAGCAGGUGCCAAUGGCAUGACAUCGCCGAGCCCGAUGAUGAGUGGUGGCAUGGGGGGCAUGGGUGGUGGUAUGAAUGCUAUGGGAGGAGGCAUGAAUAAUAUGGGGGGUGGUAUGAGUAAUUACGGGGGGGGUAUGAAUAUCAUGGGCGGUGGCAUGCAGGGGGGCAUGGGCAUGGGUGGCGGCUAUGGACAGGGAGGCAUGGGGGGUAUGGGUGGGGGCUACGGAGGUAGCGCAGGCAUGGGAAUGGAGUCCUCGGGUUUCGGCGGUGCAGGGGGUAUGGGGGGAGGCUACACCGGCUCCUCGUACCAGGCACCGAAGAGUUCUGGGGGUGGGGGUGGGUCUCUCAAACCUAUCGAGCACAAGAUGCGGCUGAAGUACAACCAGGAGUUCAACAAGGCGGAUGCCAAAAAAGUGGGCUAUGUGACGGGGGUGCAGGCCAGGCAGAUCUUCACGCGCGAGGCAAGGUUACCGGCCCAACAACUGGCACAGAUCUGGAACUUGGCCGAUAAAGAUCAGGAUGGAAAUCUGAACCGCGAGGAGUUUGCCAUCGCCAAGCAUCUGAUGGCCGCUGUGGCUGAGGGCAAAAGUCUGCCGUCUAAGCUACCACCGUUUCUGGGGGGCAAGAGUGUGCUUGACACGACCGGGAAAGACGGGCAGGUGGAUGAGCGCAUAUCCAACUUCAAGCAGGGCCAAGACCUGUUGAACAAGAAGAAAGUGCUGAUGGCGGAACAAAUGGAGAUGGACAAACAGGCUUUCUUACAGCGUGACAUGGAAGAGAAGCGUAAGCGCGACGCCAAAAUGGCCCAGCAAAUGGCCCAGGAACAGGCCAAGCAGCAACACAUGCUACAGCAACAGCAACAGCAGGCACAGUAUAUGCAGCAGCAGCAAAAGGAGCGCGAGGCUCAGAUGUACGCCGAACGGGCCGAACGAGUGAAACGUGAGAACAUGGAGUUGGAGAUGCGACGCGAGUUGUAUCUGGACAGAGAGCAAGCCCUUGCUGAGAUGAAUCAGUUGAUGAUGAAGAAAACGCAGCUGGACUCGCAGUUGUCGAUGGCAAACAAUAAGAAGCAGCAGAUGGAGCAGAUGAUCCAACGGGGACAGGCAGCCAAGCAACAGGCUAUCGCCGAGAAACAACAGGUGCAGGCACAGAUUCAGCAGCACAUGACAUCGUUCCAGCAGCUAGAGCAGCGUUACAACGCAGAGAUGGCCAACCUCAAGACCAAGCAGGACGAGCGCAACGCUCUCUCGGCGCAGCUGAUUCAGAUCCACAACCAAUCUGCGAAGGCACGGGGGGCUAUUGAGGGGUCUAAAGGUAAGGUGGACUCGGUCGCACAGGAUCUAUUGCAGAGUAUCAAUGCACUGCAGCAGUCGUUGGACCGCAAUCGCCUGGAGAUCAGCAAUCGGCGACUCGCAUUGCAGAAACAACAGGACUCGCUGAAGUAUCUGCAAGACGAGCUAAUGGACAAGCGACGCCGUCGUGGCGCUGUGACGUCAGCUAUGGAAGAGGAGGAACGGCGCAAGAGAGAGGUUAUGGAAAGGUUGCAACAGCAGCAGCGAGAGCAGGAGGAGGCCGCGCGCGUACGACGGGAGGCGGAACGCGAACGCGAGCGCAUUGCGUUCGAACGGAUUGAGGAGCGCAAGAAACAGAGAGAAGAAAACCGAAAUAUAUACGGGUCGCAGCCAACCAGAGACACGUACACCGCCUCUCCCGAUUACGAUGACGACGACUAUGGCAGAGAUACCUACAGUAAUCGCAACAGCGGUGGCAAGAAGACCGAUGGCUGGGGCCGUGUUAUUGCGAGCGACUCUUAUGAUCGCGACGAUUACGACAACGACUCCCGCAAUGACACAGACAGCUACAGAGACGACACCUAUGACAACAACUACAACUCAGACGACUACGGUGGUUACGGACAGACCGACGAAGCCGAAGAUCGGAGGAAACAGUAUUCUGUGCGCGACGAAGAAGUGCUUGCCGCAUUCGAUUACGCGGGCGAGAAGAGCGAUGACUUGUCCUUCUUCGAGGGAGAUACCAUCACUGUCACCGCCAAGGAUCCAGAUGGCUGGUGGUAUGGCGAGUGCGCUGGAUUUGCUGGUUGGUUCCCCUCGACCUAUGUGGAGGCUUCUGCUAUAUCUACGUACAGCGAGGAUGUGCUUCCCCCGGCACCCGAAGAGUCUGACCAAGAGUCCGACGACACACUCAGCAGCGCAUAUGCGCAGCCUGGGGCUAUUCACUAUGCCCUGUACAACUACGACGGUGAAGAAGAGAGCGACUUGGCCUUCAGGGGCGGCGACGCUAUCACUGUGCUCGAGGCGAACGAGGACGGCUGGUGGAAGGGUGAGCUAGACGGCCGAGUUGGGUACUUCCCAUCAAAUCACGUGGACCCACUGCCCAUGUCUCCCGAGGAUGUGGAUGCGCUCCAGGCGCCCCCUCCAAUGCCAGAUGGCAAUAGUCGCGAUAACUUCGAUGAUUAUAGCAAUGACAACAUCUAUGAUGACAUGCCUGCACCACCCCCACCCAUGGAUGAAGAGUCUGAGUCUGAACCAGAGCCCGAACCUGAACCUGAACCUCGGAUUCCCACACCUCCACCUGCAGUGGAGUCACCCCCACCUCAAAGGAAAGAAUCUGCGCAUGGAGAGAGUUCAGAGACCGCCGCCGAGUGGGUGCGUGCGAUGCACCCGUACGUGGGAACUAAUCACGACGAACUAACCUUUCAGCCGGGAGAUGUGUUCAGUGUCAGUCAAAAGGACUCAGAAGGUUGGUGGGAAGGCACGCUCAAUGGGAAAACCGGAUGGUUCCCCCAGGCUUAUGUGGAACCAGCGGGUAAUGGACCGAGUACUCCAACGGCGCAGGAGACGGCCCCUGCUGCGGCGGCUGAUAAAGCAACAUCUAAUCCAUUCGGAGCUCAGGAGGAAGUCACACCUCGACCUCAGAAGCCUAUGAUUGCGAAGGUGCUCGAGGACUACAAGGCCGAGGAUGAGGGUCAAUUAAGUCUCAAAAAAGGCGCUCUGGUGUCGGUCACUUUCCAGGACGACAGCGGCUGGUGGGAAGGCACGAUCAGUGUCAAAGGCAAGGGAAAACAAUCUGGCUGGUUCCCAGCGUCGUAUACAAUGCUGAUGGGCAAAGGUAACGACCGAGCGUCAAAGGCUCAGUCCGUGGUAGAGCCUGCAGAGAAGUUCGCCACCGUCAUGUACGACUUUGAAGGUGGUGAGGAGGAGUCUCUACCGGUAUCGGCAGGUGACAAAAUCAAGAUUUUGGAGCAACCUGAAGGCGAGUGGUGGCAAGGAGAGCUUAAUGGCAAGAUUGGAUGGGUGCCUGCCGCAUUUGUGGAGAUGAUUCAGUGAAUUGGCCGGUGAGAAUAUUAAGCCCAACACUUCCUUAGGGUCCUGGUUUUUCACCAUAACUAUUCAGAAGGUGGUCGGAGCCAAGUAUACAAUAAAAAAUAUGAUGAAUAAAACAUUAUAAACCAAUA